AUGAAGAGCCAAAUGAAAACUGGUGGAAAGACGAGAAACUCCUGUUUUCAAAACAUUCGACGAAUCCUACAUGGACAGCUUCUCUUUGUUUUGACUUUUCUGGCAGUCAUUCUGGGAUUUAUAAUCGGGUUUGGAAUUCGUGAAGCUAGGCCUUCUAGAGAUGUUAUACAAUGGAUCGGUAUGCCAGGCGAUCUUUUCAUGCGGUCGCUAAAAAUGAUGAUAGUCCCGCUCAUAAUAACCAGCGUCAUACACAGCACAGCUUCUUUGGAUCCAAGAUCUAACGGUAGGAUAGGACUUAUAUCCAUCACGUACAUACUACUUACAAACUUGAUGGGAUGUGUGGUUGCCAUAACACUUUUUUAUAUCAUUAAACCAGGAAAGGCCCAUGUUGCUCAUGAAGAUAGAUUAAUGCUAAACAAAAUUCGGCCACAAGAUAUUUUUGCAGAUUUACUGAGAAAUAUCAUACCAGACAACCUAGUUGAGGCAACUUUUCGCAAAACACAAACACAAUUCAAGUCUGAAAUAAUCUGGAGUAAUCAAAAGAAUCUUGGUAAUUCGUCUAAUACCACUGCAGAUGUAAAUCAAAAAUUGGAAAUGGUGAAGAUUGUUGGCAAAACAGAUGGACCAAAUAUACUUGGGUUGUUAUUUGCCUGCUUGUUGAUUGGGAUUGCUGCGGGAAGAUUCAGAGAAAAGGCCAAAACAUUUAUUGAUUUCUUUGCAAUGAGUUCUGAAAUCGUGUUGCAAAUUCUUAGAUGGUUUAUCUGGCUGACCCCAGUAGGCGUGGCGAGUCUCACGGCUGCCUCUUUAGCAGGUACCCGUGACAUCACUGAGACGUUUGUAAGCCUGGGAUACUUCGUGUUGACAGUGACCUCGGGCAUCGUUAUCCUCCAGACCACUCUUCUUCCACUCAUAUAUUUUGCAUUCUUUCGCGAAAAUCCCUACAAACGUAUCCUUAGUGUAAAGCGGGCCUGGUUAAUGGGUUUUUCUUUCGGGUCAUCAGCCCUUGCAAUGCCUGACUUAUUGCAAGCCUGUGAAAAUGUUAAUAAAUUGGAUAAACGGAUCACACGUUUUGUCAUACCUCUUUGCUGUACAGCAAAUGCAGAUGGCAGUGCCCUGUUUAUUUCAGCUGCUUCUAUGUUCAUUGCACAAAUUUCGGGCUAUACCUUGACGUAUGGAAAUGUCAUAAUAAUAGGAAUUUUGACAGCUUUUUCGACACUUUCCUUACCGGCAUUGCCUAGCGCUAGUAUGGUAGUGGUUGUUGUUGUACUCUCUGCCAUUAACGUUCCGGUAAACGAGGUUUCUAUCUUGUUUGCUGUUGAGUGGUUUCUUGACCGCCUCAGAACGGGAUCGAAUGUUGAGAGUCAUUUUAUCUGCGCUGCUAUCACUGAUCAUUUCUGUAGACGUAAAUACGACUUAAAGAAGGAAGAUGUCAACAUGUUUCCAGAAUCAGAGAUUGAACUUAUCGUUCACUCAGACAAAGUGUAAAAUAUUUUUAGACUACUGACCUUAUAACUUUAGUGUUUCAAAAUCCUAAAAUUAGUUAAACCUAUGCAAGGACGUUCCUUCUGCAUGCUGUAUUUCAUAUGUACAUGUGUACAUAAU